AUGGCGCCCGUAGCACUUGCACUCUGCCUGUGUACCACCGUCCUCCUCUCCACUCCACCACCCGCCCAAUCCUCCCCUCCCAGCCCGAGCCCUGCAGCGGCAGAGCCGACGUCGUCGUCGGAGUACAAGACGUACAUCAUCCUGCUCAAGCCUCGAGCGGACACCCAGGUCAUGGACGACGAAGCUCGCCAGGGCUGGUACCGGUCCUUCCUCCCCGACGACGUGACCGCCCACGGCGAGCCGCGGCUCCUCCACUCGUACAAGACCAUCUUCCACGGAUUCGCCGCCUUGCUGACGGAGGAGGAGCUGGAGGCCGCGUCCAGGAAACCCGGCUUCGGGCGCUGGUUCCCGGACGAGAUGAUGUACCCCGCGACGACCCGCUCGCCCGAGUUCCUCAGCCUGAGCAAGGACGCCGGCUUGUGGCCGAAAUCUAGCUACGGCAAAGGGAUCAUCAUAGGGGUGAUCGACUCCGGCAUCGAGUCGCGCCAUCCCUCGUUCGGUGACGCCGGCAUGUCGCCGCCACCCGCCAGGUGGAAGGGCACGUGCACGGGCUUGGUCAGGCCCGUCCGGUGCAACAACAAGCUUAUUGGCGUCAGGUCCUUCGUGGACUACAGCCCUGACGAUGAGACCGGCCACGGCACGCACGUGGCGUCGAUUGCGGCGGGCAACUUCGUCGCCAAUGCCUCGUCGUCCCACGGACAGGCCGCUGGGACGGCCGCCGGGAUCGCUCCCGGCGCACACUUGGCCAUGUAUAAGGCCUGUAGACCCACUGGGUGCCUCCGUUCGAACGUAGUUCACGCGAUUGACACGGCGGUGGGCGACGGGGUCGAUGUGAUCAACAUCUCCCUCGUCCGUGAGGCGGGAGUACCGCUCGACAAGGACGUUGUGGCCAUUGGCGCAUUCCGCGCGGUGGCCAAGGGCGUCGUCUUCGUGACUUCUGCUGGCAACGAUGGCCCCGACCCGUCCACUGUCAACAACGACACGCCGUGGGAGAUCACGGUGGGCGCCGGGUCGGUGGACCGGAAGCUCGCCGCCGGCCUUUUGCUGGAGUCAGGCGACCUGGUCGAAGGAGAGGCACUGGUACAGGGGCCCAACUCGACCGCUUACCAACCCCUCCACUACCCCGGCGAGGGUAACCUGUGCAGGAAGGUGAGCGUUGAGCGCACGAGGGGCCACAUCGUGAUAUGCGAUGAUGCCAUGGUUAAGGUUGACGUUCAGGCCCGCAUCAUCAAAAAUCUCUACGACAAUGGCGCGGCUCAGGUCGUGCUGAUCGGUCAGGAGAAAGCCGGUUUCACCUUGGGCUUCAGGGAGUACGGUUCCUCCGUCGUGCAGGAGCCCGCCGCCGUCGGCCACAAGCUCAAGGACUACAGCCAGUACCCGGAUUCCGCGGCGCAGGUGUUCUUCAAGGGCACGCAGAUCGGCGUCGGCCAGUCGCCCACGGUCGCCUACUUCUCCAGCCGAGGCCCGAGCCGCGGCAACCCGCGCAUCGUGAAGCCCGACAUCCUGGCGCCGGGUCUCAACAUCCUCGCCGCUGCCACGGAGAGUCCAGAUCGGGGGCCUUUUAGAUUCAAGUCCGGGACGUCGAUGGCGGUGCCGCACAUCAGCGGCGUGGUCGCCCUUCUCAAGAGCAUGCACCCGGACUGGUCGCCGAUGGCCAUCAGGUCCGCCAUAAUGACCACGGCCGAUGAGCUGGACAACGACGGCAAUCCGAUCAUGAACGAGAAGCACGAGCCGGCGAGCGCAUUCGCUGUAGGCGCGGGGCACGUCAACCCCAGGCGGGCCGUCGACCCGGGGCUGGUCUAUGACCUGGAGGUUAGAGACUACGUCGGGUACGUUUGCCAUCUUUUCGCCAGGGCCAGGCUCGACAACGACGACGACUAUGCCGUGCAAGACAUCCUCCAGGACCUGAACUUGAAUUGCAGGAACGUGCCCCAUCUAUCGGAUGUCGACCUCAACUACCCGAGCAUCAUGGUGCCGGCGAACACCACGGUGCGGCGGACGCUGACGAGCAUGGGGCCGGCGGAGCAGUACACGGGCAGGUUGUCUAUGGCCCAUGACGUGGGGGUGGAUUUCUCGCCCAAGUCGUUGUCCUUCUCGCGUCCCGGGGAGAAGCUCACCUUCCAAGUAAACCAUCAUGGGUCCGAGGUCGCAGAAGGAUUCUUGAUCUGGGAGUCGAAUACGCACACGGUCCAAAGCCCACUCGUCGUCGUGCGUUCGUGA